AUGACAUCAUCGGAUAAUCUUCCUCUUAAUGAACUUGAAAAGGAAUUGCUAGAUCCGAAUUCGGAAUGUUAUUUGGAAAACUUGUUGGAUGUGGUUUCAGCAUUGGUUAGUGAUUGUGACUUUCCUUCCGCUAAAAAUUCAAAAAGCGUGCAGUCUUUCCUUAAAAAAUAUAGUCAAGCUGCCAAAAUUAUUGAAUCACGUCGCACAAAAUAUAAUGACUUUGAAUUAAUUAAAGUGAUCGGGCAAGGAGGAUUUGGCCGAGUUGAAUUAGCCAGACACAAGCGUACACGACGUGUUUAUGCCAUAAAAUUAAUGAGUAAACAACACUUAUUAGACCAUAGUCAGUCUGGUUAUUGGGAAGAACGUGAUGUUAUGGUGAAAGCAUCAAGCGAAUGGUUGGUUGCUUGUCAUUAUGCGUUUUUAGAUAAAGACAAUGUUUACUUAUGUAUGGAAUAUAUGCCUGGUGGAGAUUUAUAUUAUUGGUUAGAGAAAUAUGAUACAUUUGACGAAACUAUUGCACGAUUUUAUCUUGCAGAAACUGUACUUGCUCUUGAAGCAUUACAUGAAUUAGGUUUUAUUCAUCGUGAUUUAAAACCAGAUAAUAUGUUAUUAGAUGCUGGUGGACAUUUAAAAUUAGCCGAUUUUGGUUCUUGUGUACGUGUUGGUGAAGAUGGUUAUUAUUAUUGUACAUCACCUAUUGGUACACCAGAUUAUAUUAGUCCGGAAAUGUUAAGUUGUCAAGCAAAAGCUGGUAAAAUUGGACCUGCUUGUGAUUGGUGGGCUUUAGGUGUUAUUGCAUAUGAAAUGUUUUUUGGUGAACCAGCAUUUUAUGGACAAUCAUUAGUUGAAACAUAUAGUCGUAUAUUAGGUCAUGAAAAAUCAUUACGUAUACCAACUGAUGCUGAUCCAAUUUCAUCAGAUACUGAAUUAUUUAUUAAAGAUUUAUUAAAAUCAUCUACAACUCGUUUAGGUUCAUUUGAUUUAUUAACAGAUAUUGAAAUUAAAUUAGCAAAAAAUAAUCGUGCUGUUGCUGCUGCUCAACAAGUUAAAUCACAUGCUUUCUUUAAAUCAAUACAUUGGGAACAAUUAAGAUCAGAGAAUGCACCAAUUCAACCAGUUGUUAAUUCAGAAACAGAUACAUCAAAUAUUAAUUUGAUGAAAGAGAUUUAA